AUCCAAAGUGCUGGAGUACAGAGCCAAAACAACAAAAUGUAACACUGGCCCAAUACUUUUGGAGCUCACUGUAUGUGGAUUAUUUGAAAUAGAUGUAGCAUUUAUCAGUUGACAAACACACAGACCAGGACACAAACAAAACACCAGUACACAAACCACAUGUACACAGGCAGUCACUAAUGCCACUCAUCUAUCUCUAGUUGUCUCAUACAUGUCAGUGGUACAGAACAGUAAUGAGAAAAUGCUUUUGAAGUGGAACUCACCUCACUAACAAGUCUAGCUAUAUGAUUCUUUGACAAAGUUAUCUCUCUUGGACUGGACUCCAAGUCAGACUUGAAGUUGGAGACUUUCUUUGUUAUGCCAGUGUUUUAUCACCGGUGUUGAAGCUAAUGUUCACACCGUAGCAAGCGGUCGGCCAUAUAGCAAACCUAUCCAAAAAAUAACGGUUCACCUUUUCAGUUAUUAAGGUUUAUACACAUGUUAUUAAUAGGAGAAAAGUUUUGCCAAGGUGGUCCUCCCCGCAGUUGAAGAAAAAGCUUCACAAUGUUUUGCAAAAUAAAAUAAAAACAUAAAAUUUUGUAGUUCUUUUCGUAAGUUUCCACACCUCCAAGAUCAUGAAUUGAAUUUGUCACAUUGUGACAAAACUACACAAAGGCACUUUGAUAUGGGGAAAGAGCCCUUGCUACUGUACCUUCUCUGGAGCGAUAGAAAGGAAUCCUGUGUGGUAGUAAUGUGAAGAAAACUCUGCUCGUUGCAUAAUGUCUAGCUCUGCUGUAAGCAACAAAGCAUGUCUGCUUGGUUCAUUCAUUUGGGUACAAAACAUGGAUAAGGGGCUCCAUUCUGAUGAGGUGGUACUUUUUGGAGGUGAUUUUGUUCUUGUAUGUUAUGUUUUCAAACGUGUUUUAUUGCUUUUUGUCUGUUUUAAUAUUUAAAAUGUUAGUUAAAAAACAUAUUGCAUUAUUUUAAUAAAGAAUUGAUCAGCUGUCCGACACAGUUUAAAGAGUAACAUAUUUUAUCACUUCCAGGAUUGUGGAGAUUUUCUGAAAGGUCAACAGGUUGACCUCAACACAUUGAUGCAUUUAUUAAACAGAACCUCAGAAGUCUCUACUGUACACAAGUACUGUUUGUUUCUAAGUGACUACAUGUUUCCCUAUUGUAAUAAAUCACUGAGGCCUCGCAUGGCAAACUUGAGGUAGGCCCACAUUGCUGUAAGACCAAUCAUUCUAAAACUCCCGAAGACCAGGUAAUCAAGCAAGUAAACGAAGAGAAGUAUAAAAAUGAAUGUAUAAUGUAACAAUGAAAAACUCAAAUGUGGAACUGAUGGCUGUCCUCUAGCUGUUUUUCCCUUCAUUUUGUGGUUUGUGAUGGACCAUCAGUGAAUGUGUAAUUGGAUUUGGACCUUUACCAAACCAAAAAUUAAUCAUUCAAUAAUUAUGUUUUAAGUUCCCCAUGAUGUCUGCAGCCUGCUCUAGCGAACGUGUCUGAAUGCAUUGCUGGUCACUGGUAGGUCGAAGGUCAACGUCUCUGUUGGACCUUUGAGGUCUUCACACUGUUAAAAACCAUGCACAGGUCCGUCUGCAGUCACAAAUGUCUUAGAGACCGAGAGAAUUGCAACCAUGUACUCAUACACUUUUGAUGACAUCCUAGAGGAGGCGGGCAAGUUUGGCCGAUCGCAGAAGCGAAUCUUUGCCCUGCUAUGCAUGGUGUCCAUGCCAUGGGCUGGUGUCUACGUAGGCAUUGUGUUCCAAGGGUUCACCCCAGAGCAUUGGUGCCGGGACUCAGGGGUGAGUCAGAUCCGGCAGAGCUGUGGCUGGAACCUGAUGGACACUAGAAAGAUCACGGUCCCUCUGGUCAACACCUCAGGAGUGCUGGUCCACAGCCAGUGUGAGCAGUACAACCUGGACUGGAACGCUACAGGUCUGACCUGUGACAACCCAGAGUCUGACCUCUCUGACGCCCACCGCAGCAAAGCUCCCAUGACCUCCUGCAAGGAAGGAUGGGAGUAUGACUACAAGGGGAGGCAGUCCUUUGUAACUGAGUUUGACCUGGUGUGUGCUGAUGCCUGGGUGGUGGACAUGUUCCAGGCGACACUCAACGUGGGCUUCUUCAUAGGCAGCAUAGCCAUUGGAUACCUGGCUGACAGAUUUGGCAGAAAGACAAGCUUCUUGGUGUCCAACCUCUUGAAUGGGAUUUUUGGAAUUCUUGUAGCAUGGUCUCCAAAUUGGGUAUCCAUGCUGGUCUUCCGAGCAUUCUAUGGCUUUGGGGUUAAGGGAGGCUGGGUGGCUGGAUAUGUUCUGAUCACUGAGCUGGUAGGAGUAGAGUACAGGAGGACUGUCGGCGUCGUCUACCAGAUGUUCUUCAGUGUUGGAAUUCUCAUCCUGCCCCUCAUCUCCUACUUCAUCACAGACUGGCGCUGGUUGCAAGUGGUCAUCACUGCACCUUAUAUCCUCUUCCUGUCCUACUACUGGUUCAUCCCGGAGUCUCCAAGAUGGCUUCUCUCUCAGCACAAUGCAAAGAAAGCUGUGGAGAUCACUGAGGCAAUAGCGAAAGAAAACAAGAAAACCCUCUCCAAGAACAUUGAGAUGAUGAGAGACGACAAUGCCGAAACCUCAACUGCCUCGUUCAUGGACCUAAUCAGAACUCCAAAAAUGAGAAAACACACCUUCAUCCUUAGUUUCAACUGGUUCACUAGUGCUAUUGUCUACCAGGGUCUUAUCAUGCGUCUAGGAAUCCUGGGAGGAAAUGUCUACAUUGACUUCCUGAUCUCUGGUCUGGUGGAAUUCCCUGCUGCCUUCCUUAUCCUCUUUACCAUCGAUCGUAUCGGACGGCGUCUUCCCUUUGCCACGGCCAACAUUGUAGCUGGAGCAGCCUGCUUCAUUACUGCUAUGAUUCCUGAGAGCAUGUUCUGGUUCAAAACAGCUGUGGCCUGCAUAGGCCGGUUGGGCAUCACAAUGGCUUUUGAGAUGGUGGUGUUUGUGAACACUGAAUUGUACCCUACGUUUGUCAGGAACCUGGGUGUUUCUGUGUGCUCCACUCUGUGUGACAUCGGAGGCAUCGUGGCCCCGUUCCUUCUCUACAGACUGGCUGCCAUCUGGUUGGAGAUGCCACUCAUCAUCUUCGGGGCCCUUGCGUUUGUGGCUGGAGCUUUGGUCUUGCUGUUGCCUGAGACCAGAGGUGUGCCACUUCCUGACACCAUCGAUGACAUUGAGUUUCCAGAAAAAUGCAAAGAAAAAGCUCUGAGGAGUAUAGAGCUGAGGCGGAAACAGAUGAUAAACCUGUUACCCACCGCCGCCGACGUGAUGCCCAACAAAGAACCUGAGACUGUCUGAUUCCCUCCUGGGAAAUUAGAGUUUGUGUGAUGAAAGAAUGAGAAGGUAGUGAUGAGCAGUAUUUAUUAUUUUAUGUUUAAGUUACCUGUUUGUUUCAUUUGUUGUUUCUAAUACGAAUUAAGGAGUGUUUGUGUUUGUGUUGGCGAAAUAUUGGAACUUAUUUCGAUUUCUUUCACCUCUACCAUGUUUCCUGGUUUUACUUAUCCCAUGUGCCAAUCAGCUACAGUAAGAUUUCCCUCUCAGAUCAUGUGCAUUGUACCAUGUAUUUUUUUAGAUAAUGUGUUUAAAGUAAUUUACUGAUUUAUUUGUAUUAUAAAUGUUGGUAAUAUUGUCAUAUUUCUUAACAGUAAGUGUAUUUUUGACAGUUACUUACAUGCCAUUCUAGAGAAGUAGAUGGAUUGUGUUGUUUCUGUGAAUUGACAUUAUUCUGUGUGAGCAGAAAUAUUAAAGAUUUGUAUCUUUACGGAUGGUAACUCUAAUAAUAUUUAUAUGGUUACACACACCAACUUUUAACAAAUGUAAGUGACAAUUACAAUUUUUUAAAUGUGUGAUUAUCUUGCAGGAGUAUACCCUGAAUUCCACAGUGUCCAAUUUGCACAAUAACCACCCAACUUACAAGUUUGAGAGUAAAGUAUUAGCAUAAUAAAAGUACAGUCUGUGACA